UCACAAAUGUACACCUAUGUUCAUUUUUGCACAUAAGACAAAUAUUUCUUUUUUACUUUUUUUUUAGAGCCUUCUUGCACAUGCCUGUGUCAAGUCAACAUCCUAAAAUAUCCUAGUUCUCCAUAGGCUACAUACAUUCAGAGAAGAGUUUAAGGCAUUCCAGGUCAACAUUUUCUCAGUAAAUCUAGCAGUGCUAUCGUCUUUCCUUUGCGCAUCUUCUCCGCGUUCAAGACGGAGCCGCUAGGGGGCGGGACGCGGCACCUGUUCUCGCGGAGACUCUGAGCCUGACAGCUGCUGCACGCUCGCUUCAGCUGGCCUAGAGGAAAGGUUGCUAUAGGAAAAUGCAAAUAUGUUGGUCUCUCCCCUUUCCAUUGGUCCGUCCCGUACACUGGGUGGGACAGUGGAAGGAGUUGUGAGUAUAAAACCACAGAGAGUCUUUCUGUGCGCCACUGGAACUGCGUGUCUGCAGCUCGGAGAGAGCAUAAGCAACCCCCACAAUAGAGAGAAUAGUUUAUUAUCCAACACAACCUAUUUAACCAACAGAGACAAGUCAAGGGAACUCACGUUCUGGAUGCACAGGAUAUCUGCUGCUGCAAGACGAAAUAUGCUUCAUUAAUCUAAUCUCCUAAACGCACCAGAAACUGCAGCGAACACCUAACCCAAGUGGUGCACUUUACGCCACGGUAAGAAACUCCGCCAAACACAGGCCCCGAAGGACUGGAGGGCGACAACUAUAUACCUCUCAAACGGGAUUUUGCUAUCCUGAUCCAGCGGAAAUUUGGCCGACUUUGCCCCUAAUCUGACCCUCUCUCAAGUCUACCAUCAGACGGAGUGGAUUUAAUGCAUUUCAACUGAGGAGAGGAGGCGAAGGAGGGAGAAAUCUUUGCAUCGCUUUCAAAAAUCAAGAAUUGUUUGCAGCGACCGAAAGCUAUUGAGUUGACACGAGGACAAGACAGGUUUGUGUCUCUGACUUCACAAGUUUCUUGUUUCACCCUCCUUGCUUCGUGAUAUUAAGGCGUUCAUUUGACCCGGCACAAGUUGUCAACAAGAGGGACUGAGAGGCGGACUGGCAGGUGUACAAGUUCAUUUACAUGCAUGGAACUGCGCGACCUCAGCGCCGCUAUAAAUAGAAGCUGUUUUAAGGACUAAAUACACCCUUCUCGGGCGCGUGCAUAUGUAUUAAAGCCAUCUGUAUAAAUUACCCCCCGGAGCAUUUCAACCGAUCAGAUACGCGAGAGCUGUGACAGCAUUGUGCCAGUGAAAAACCCCACGCGAGUGUCGCAUGGACUGACAUGGCCACCGAUCUCGCCAUGAGCGCAGAGCUGCCAAACAGUCCUCUGGCCAUCGAGUAUGUUAACGACUUCGACCUCAUGAAGUUCGAGGUAAAGAAGGAGCCGCCCGAAGCUGAACGCUACUGCCAUCGCCUCCCGCCCGGCUCCCUGUCCUCCACCCCUCUCAGCACGCCGUGUUCCUCCGUGCCCUCCUCCCCCAGCUUCGGCGCACCUAGUCCGGGAGAGCCGCCGGGCCACAGCCUGGCCAACAGUGUCAACAACAACAACAACAACAGCAACAACAACAAUCCAAGCGCUGGCGGGAAAGCACAGCUGGAGGACUUCUACUGGAUUCCCAACUACCAACAUCACAUCAACCCGGAAGCCCUGAACCUUACGCCGGAGGACGCGGUGGAAGCGCUCAUUGGAAAUGCGCAUCACCAUCACCAUCACCACGCGCCAUACGAGGGCUUCCGUGGGCCACAGUACGCCGGGGAGGAUCUCUCGGCCACCGCGAGCGGCCAUCACCACCCAGGCCAUCACCACCACCACCACAGUCAUCACUCGCACGCGCGCCUGGAAGACCGCUUUUCCGACGACCAGCUGGUCAGCAUGACGGUGCGAGAGCUUAAUAGACAGCUGCGGGGAUUCAGCAAGGAGGAGGUGAUCCGCCUAAAACAGAAGCGGCGGACCCUGAAGAACCGCGGUUACGCACAAUCCUGCCGCUUCAAGCGCGUGCAACAGCGGCACAUGUUAGAGAGUGAGAAGUGUACACUUCAGAGUCAGGUGGAGCAACUCAAACAAGAGGUAUCGCGCCUUGUCAAAGAACGGGACCUGUACAAGGAAAAGUACGAGAAGCUUGCGAGCCGAACCUUCAGCAGCGGCGGUAACGGCAACAGAGAGGCAUCAAGCGGGAGUCACGCGAAAGGAUCCAAUGAGUUUUUCAUGUCUUAGACUCUUGCCACUGACUCUCUUAUUUCUUUUUAAUCAUACUAUGUAUUUUUUCAGUGUGAAGUUUUGUUUACAGUUGUUCACUAAAUGAACGUACACAGAGAAAUUACAUUAGAAACGAGCCUUUACAGGUCACUUCAGCACCUGGGUGUAAGCCUAUACGCCGACAAGAUUCUGUAGUCUUAAUCACAGUUUAUUUCUGUACAGCAGAGAGAUGUAGGCUAUGCAUUGUGCGAUCUUUGACCCACGCGGUCAUAUCAUCUCCUGUCACAUAGAAACAUUAUUUUCGUCUUUAAUUUGAGUUACACACUUUUAGUCUUACCAGAGAAUUGAUAUAACUAUGAUCCCGCGGUUCUAAAUCUGAGACUCGUUUAUUCACGACCACCUGUCGUGGUGUCAUUGCACCAGUCUUAAAGGGAAGGGGACUUCACUGGAAUUGAUACGGUGGCUUCGCCUGGGCCUGCUCUUCGUAGGCGAAGUGAAGAAGGGACACAUCACAAGUCUUCUUCACUGCUCAGGCCUGGGAAUGAAAGAACGGAAGAGUACAGAUAUGGAGCGGAAAGAGCAUCGCGCUAUGUCCAUUUUAAACACACCCUGCAUGCAGGACAUGUAUGGUUGCCUAUCUGCUGAAGUUCCGUAGUCCUUUUAACGCCACUCACUUAAUUGAAGCAUGAAUCCCCUUCCCCUCUCCCUCCCUCCCUUCCUCUCUCAUCUUCGGCGUUAUUACUGCGGUCUAGUUGAAUUACCCGAGCAUCUCUCUACAGAACUGCAUCCUUGCCGUCGAGCCUGCAAGCUCCCCCCCUCUCAGGACGUAGCAUAUUCACUAGUCGCUAUCUGCAUUCAACUUGUUUUCUUGUUUCAAAGAACGUGUUUAAAAAUGCAUUAACUGAGCCACCUUUUAGAGAUUAUUUAUUCCCACGUGUACAUAUGUAGAUGAAAGUUAGCGUGUUAGCUGCCCUUUUAAUGCCAUUUUGCUUGAUAACUUAAAAUGUCUUAACAUGUUUGUAUGUAAGAGCAUGCAAAUAAUUCAAAUCAUUUACGAUAUUACUCUCCUGUUGACAAUGUACAAAUUUCAAAGGGGAUAAUAUGACUGCAUUAUUAAAUUAAAAAGCUGGGAAGCAUUUAGAAUAAUUUGGAGAUAAAAAUGUGCACUAAUUUAAUCAGAAGGAGUUCAAUAAUUUACUUCAGCUGAAGAUGAUUAGGUCAACAUUGAAACAUGUUGAAACAUAUUUUUCCUGAUAUAUUUUUCGAAUAAGCAUAUUUCCAUGUACUCAGAUGUCCACCUUUGAAAAUCAGCCAUAAAUCCUUGGCAGUUAACAGGUGAUCAGCAACAUUUGACCCUCACGUGUAUCCGGUUCACUGAUUGUGCAUCUGAUUGUGGCGUGAUGCUCCAAGUGAAAAUGGAACAGUAGAUGACGUUCUGAAAUGAAAGACUAAAGACGUUCUUCGUAACGCCGAGCUGCGCGUCAAACGACGCAGAAACAACGCAAUCAUUCGCCUGGAUGCGCCCCGUUUUGUCUUUCAUUUCAAGGAGGAUCUUUCCUCUCUAAAUAUUUAACUCUCAAUCAUCUAUAUCUACCUGUCUUUAUUUAUUUCGGCAACGCUUUGCAUUGAGAAUGCGUCCAACUUUCAUUGUGUAUUGCGUUAUUUAAUAUAAACAAACCAUUGAUUUCAGCAGCAAAUGAUACGUAAUGGUAACUAGAUGUCAAUUAAACAUUCCCAAUUUUGUUAUUUCUUGAACCAGUAUAUACUAAUAAUGGUAUACACUGAGUCAACUCUUACACGCCAGAUGUUACGUAAAACUCUACACAAUUAACUGGGCACACAGAGUGUGUUUCCACCGCUUUUGGGUUAAUGCGUGUGUCACAUUACUCUUACGGUUUCAUGGUUGAUGGUUUGUUUAUAAAAUUUAAAAAAAAACUAAUGCAAUGAACAUUUUUAGUUGGUGCGUGCUGAAUGUAAAGUUGCCCUUAUUUUCUUUCAUUCUUUAUGUCUUUCGUUCUGUUUUCACCGAUCUCCCUUCUACAGGCAAUAUAUCUUUCCUCUUCGGAUGAGAGACGCAUGUACCUGGGGCCUGUCCGCCCCUGAGGCGCAUUGCCAGACGUGUAAAUGUGUAAAUAUGAUUUCUAUAUAUAUUUAUUGACGAAACAUUGAAAUGUGCUUACAUGUCGAUAAGUUCAAACCAAAUUGUUUCAAUAUGGAAUGUUGUUUUCAUAAUGUUUAAUAAAAAUUUCUGUCAAAACUG